UGCAGGCGGCGGGUGAGGCAGGGGCUUGCGUAUGCGCGUGAGAGGGGAGGGGUUACGUACGUUGACGCCAUGACGCCGAGUGCGAGUGAGUGACUGAGCGGCUGCGAAGAGGGAGACGGACGGUUGAGCGCGAGCGAGCGAGCGAGGCGAGAGAGAGAGAGAGCGCGCGAGCGAGGCGAGGCGAGCGGGAGACGAUGCAGAUCACGCUAAAGACCCUGCAGCAGCAAACCUUCCGCAUCGACAUCGACCCCGAGCAGACGGUAAGGGCGCUGAAGGAGAAGAUUGAAACAGAGAAAGGAAGUGAUGCUUUCCCAGCUGCUGGUCAAAAGUUAAUAUAUGCAGGUAAAAUCCUCAACGAUGAUACACAGAUCAAAGAUUACAAAAUCGAUGAGAAGAAUUUCGUAGUGGUUAUGGUAACGAAGCCUAAAGCGGCUUCUGCACCUGUACAGCCCAUGGUGCAGGCUUCUCCAUCGCCUACUCCAGCGAGUACCACAGCAGGUGCCUCCACCACAACUUCUACCCCUGCCCCAGCCCCAGCUGCUGUUGUCCCUGCACCAACACUGGCACCAGUACCAACCCCAAUUCCAGCGUCAGAGCCUUCCAGUACAGCCUCAGAGGAAAAGCCAAAGGAAGAAGAAACAAAAGAAGAAAGCAGCGCUGCUCCUGAAGCAACCCCGAGACCUCUGACUGAAGAAAUAGAUUUGAAUCUGGUGGAAGCAGCCUCCUCUACAUUAGUUACAGGCACGGCAUAUGAGAAUCUGGUGGCGGAGAUUAUGUCAAUGGGCUACGAGCGGGAGCAGGUUCUUGCAGCAUUACGGGCAAGCUUCAACAAUCCGGACAGAGCGGUGGAAUAUCUUCUGACAGGAAUUCCAGCAGAGCCAGAAAUCCAAGAGGAACCACAGCCUCGAGUCACAACGCAACCACCAUCACAACAGACAUCACAGUCUACACCAAGCAGUAACCCACUAGAGUUUCUGCGAACUCAACCCCAGUUUCAGCAGAUGCGGCAGGUUAUACAGCAAAACCCGUCACUAUUGCCAGCUCUACUCCAGCAACUUGGUAGAGACAACCCAACGCUCCUACAGCAAAUAACUCAGCACCAGGAGCAGUUUGUUCAGAUGCUGAAUGACCCUGUGGGAGAGGUUGCAGGUGAAGGGGCAGAAGGUCAUGGGUCACCACACACUAACUACAUCCAAGUUACACCCCAGGAAAAGGAAGCAAUAGAAAGGUUAAAGGCGUUGGGUUUCCCUGAAGGACUCGUCAUUCAAGCCUACUUUGCGUGUGAGAAGAAUGAAAACCUCGCUGCAAACUUCCUCCUCCAGCAGAACUUUGAUGAUGAAUGAAUAUUUUUCCCUCCCCUCCCCCCCAUGCUUUUUUUUUCUCCAGAGCCCGGCUCACUUUCUGUAUCUGCAGUGGGUGGUUUUUGGUGAGGCCAGCUAUAGUGUGCGUUACCUGGCCACAUGCGCAUUGUGAAGUGCAGCACUGGAAAGCACGUAUUUAAAACAAACAAACCGAAGACGCAGUAUCCCUUUGGUCAGUCUAUACUAGGUGACAUAUUACAGUUCAUACUGACUAUCCACUUGGGGAGGGGGGG